AUGAUAUACCGACUCACAGGACCCAUGACCCCGUGUGCAGUUGAAUUCUGGGUCAUGAGUACUCUCUUGCCCCUUGGCAUCGCGAUUUUCCAGGCUGCCAACAGUCAGUUCCUCUAUGUUGCCUUUACGCAGCGUAAAUACGCGCAUCUGUCCCGCCAGACUAAAGAGACGGACUCGGAGCACUGGACAUCGAUUCGAAGCAGACCAGAAUCAUCGAUCGCCAGAUCCAGUGGGCUAUUCCAACGCUUCAAAGUCUCAAAUAUUAUCACCCGAGUGACCAUUGUCAUCGCCGCGGGAAUCGUCUUGACAAUUAUCUCGACCUUUAUCAUCUACUUUGGCUCUCGUAAAUUCCACCCUCAUUUUGGAUUCAUCCCAGACAACUUCCGAGGGAAUGACACUCAAAGAAAAACACACUGCAAAAAGGGAUGGGAAUGUCUUCCUGCUUCGCCUUUAUGGCUCGCGGCACUCUACAUUCCCGCAUUCGAAUCAGUCAACAAGUAUUUUGCGCCGCCACUCUGGUUCGCAGUCUCCAUCUUUGUCAUGCAACUCAUGACUGUCCUUUCCCCUUGUUUCGAGAUAUGGAGGCAAAGGAGUCUCCAGGCUCAGACCAAGGCCUGCAUUCAGGCGUGGGAUCACGGCAACAGCCUCAGUGGCUCCUUUCAAUUUCAGGAUCCAAAGAUUUCUACAAUUUAUCGACAGUCGUUCAUCACCUCGGUCGAGGAGACCACUCCAGAAGAUAUCGCGAUACCGGAGCCUUGCGAACCCGUUUCCCCGGACAUGCGACGUGGAGGAUUAUUCACUGAUCUGGCACUUCAACACACCCUACGGCUGAAUCCCGCGCCCCUGCAGAAGUUUGCUGCGCUACACGAUUUCAGCGGAGAGAACAUCAGCUUCUUGGUCCAUGUCGCAGAGUGGCAAAAGCCCUGGGUGGCAGUACGCUUCCGGAAACAAGCUCACGCCUUCAUACUCCCAAGUGAAAGAGCCGAAGAGGAGCGGAAAUUACGCUACCGCCAGUUUUGGCGAGCUGUACACAUUUACAUGUCCUUCGUGAACAUGGAAAGCGCCGAGUUUCCCAUCAAUCUCUCAUCAAAGAUCCGGAAAGGCUUGGAUGCUGUCUUCGGUGACGCUACCAUUCUACUUCUACAUCGUCAUGGGCAAGGGACUCUGCCACAACUGCCGGAACUACCGCCGCUGGUGUCGGACACAGACAAUGCUUUCAUCGAUCCAGAGCAGCCUCGCCUAUUUUCCCUGGACGGAAUUGAUGAUAAAAUUACUGAGCCAGGCGCCACGUCUGCUUCUGCGCCGUUGUCCGUAUCAGCAUCCCGCGUUGUCUCACCGGCCCCGUCAGAAGUCAACAGCAGGGCCAACAUUGUCGUGAGUCGGGGUACCAUCAGCAUCCCCGAAAUAUUCGACGAGAAUGUCUUUGGAGAGGCCACAUCCGUCAUCAGGUAUUUGGUGCUCACGAACACGUGGCCCAAGUUUGUCAAUUACACUCUGCGCUCCAACCAACGGACGUCACAACCAGGACGACCGCAAAGCAGAAUUCAAAGAUGGUUCCCCUUGGCAUAA